CCGGCUUCUCGACGUCAUUUCCGCUUCCCCGCCUCCGGCCUCUUUCCGCGGGGGUCCAGAGGGUGUGAAGGAGGAGCGGAGCUGGGGAAGCGGGAGCGCGACCAGCCCCCCGGGCCCCGCCCCAGCCCCAGCCCGGCCCUGCCCGGCCCGGCCAACCCUCCCCUGCCGGCGCGGCGACCCCGCCCCGAGAGCCCAGCAUGAAAGAGCAGAGCCCAGAUGAGGAGAUGGUCGAAGAGGAUAUGGAAACCCCUGUGGAGGAGCUGCCGUCGCACCUGCGGGAAGAUCCCCACGAAGAUUUGAAAAAAGCCCCUGAGCAGCUGGAAGAGCAAGGAGGGGUGAUCUGGAGAAUGACAGGUGGCCUCUUCAGUAUCACCAAGGGCGCUGUGGGGGCCACUCUAGGAGGUGUCGCCUGGGUGGGGAGCAAGAGUCUGGCGUUCACCAAGACAGCUGUGACCACGGUGCCCACUGCCGGCAUGGGGCUGGUGAAGGGCAGCGUGUCUGCCGUGAGCAAUGGCGUGGGGGCGGUGGGCUCUGCCAUGGCCGGGAAGGUCCCUUUCACCACCAGGAAGAAAGAUAAGGCCGAUUAACUUCAGGGCAUGGCGAGAUCCUCAUCUGUCCCCAGGACUCCCUUUCUUCAGACAGAUGGGCCCAGCCCUCAUCUGGCCCAUGCACUGCUCCCCAGGCCACAGCUAGAAGCAGUUUCCUCUGUUCCCCCUCUGCCUCCACCACUUAGGCCUGCUAGGCUCAGGUCAGAUGUUGGCCACAGAUUUUCAUAGUGUCAUCCCCAGCCCUGAAGCUCCAUCUCUCAAGCUAGGCAGAGAAGAUGGUUCCCAGGGCCUCUGAGGGUGGCCUUCAGGGAGAUGUGGCAACCAAGGGGAAUGGGGUCCUGAAACAGACCAGGGUCAGCUGGAAAAGCAACCCAUAGAACCACAGCCGGCCAGAGCCCAGGGCUGCUUCUUCUGCCCACUUGGCUUAAACAUCACUGUUCUUGCCCCCAGCCAAGGCCAAAGCUUCCUUCUCCUUCAGCAUGGGUAGGACCAAGUUCUCUCCCAAUUCUCCCUAGCACCCACUUGUGGCCUCUAGACCUAGAGGCCAUAAAGUAUAGACUCCUACAAUUCCAGCACUGCACUGGGACCUUGGAGAGAUGGGGAAACUGAGUCCUACUGACCCCUCAGGGUGACCUUUCAUGGGACACAGGGAGCGGCAGCAUCAAACAUGGAUGGGCUAGGGUCUGAACUGAGCCCAACGCCAGCUGGUCCAAUGGGUGACCACAUCUGAAAGACAACCCAUAGAAUGUCAGCUCCCUGAGGGCAGGGACUCCCUCAUUUUUUGUCCUUCUGUCCCUAGUACCUGUCAUACAGUAGGCACCUGGGAAAUGAUUUUUGAAUGGAAUGGAUGGGAUUAGUGGCAGAGCCGGGGCCAGAACCCAAGUGUCCUACCUCCCAGGCCAAUGCCCCUCCUGCCACACUACAGCGGCUGCGCUCAUCUUUGCCUGCUGCCCAACUUGGAGCCAAGCACGUUGCAGCAACCCCAUAGUCUGCAUGCCUACAGAUUCCAUGGUUUCUUUAAUCACAAGGGUGGGGGGUUCUCCCUUACCCUUGAGUCCUGGAAUGUGACAAAGGAACAGGGCCCAAGACCCGGCCCCCAGGUUCUCAGAAAUGGCCAUUCUUUGGGUGGUGGAAUGGGGGGAGUGGGGGGAGAGGGGAAGGCUGACCUUUUCUGCCAGGUCAAGGCCAGUCACAUUGAAGGUGGGAGUUCCUAGUCACUAGGGGGCAGUAGAAAUGACUUCCCCAUGGCUAUCUUUAUCUGGCCUCUUCUGGCUCGCCUUGGACCAUGGGCAGGGCAAAGUUGGACAGUUCCAGAAGGGAUUCAGGCAUUUGUCUGGUGACCUAUGGAGAGCUGGAGAGGAGGGAAGAAGAACAGCUGAGCUUCACAUCUGAGCCAUCCUAAUUCUCCCCCCAGUGAUGUCACACAGGAAUAUCACCCCUCAGGGUCAUCCCCAUAACCUGGGCAACAUGAGAUUCUCCCAGCCUCCUGCCCAGAGAUGGUCCCACCGAGUCACACAGAAUCCCAGAGCCGGAAAAACCUCAGAUGUCAACCAGUCCUACCCAUGUCUGAACAAAAACCCCUCCCCAACUUAGGCCUGUCUCUCCAUCUUCUCACACAUGAAGCUCUAAUGCAAGAGUUUGAGCUCGCAGGAGAAAAGAGCUGCCCACCUAUGGUAGGACCUAGCUCAGGUGAGAAGUCUUCUCUGGAGCUGGCCGUCAGCCCUCUUCUUGUCCCUUCAAGUUCUCCAGAGCACUCAGAGGAACACGUCAAAGGCCUGACCCCAAGGGGAUCUGCUCUUCUCCUCCCUCAGCCCAGAAAAGGGGGGCAGUGUGGGGAUUCUGGCAAGUAUCCCAUUGCCUUGUGUUGGGGUGGGGUGGGAAGCAUCCAUGUAAUUUUAAUGACAAUAAAGUUUGAAAGUGAAGAUC